AUGUUUAUUACAACUCGUCAACGUCGAGAAGGUCGAAAAGGAAAAGAAUUGGAUGAAGAAACACAUAAUGCUAUUAUUAAGCUUCAAGGUUCCAUUCAAAACUCAAGCGAUUCUGCAGAACAAACAUUUAAAUCACUGUUUGGAAAAGAAAAGCCUGGGAGGGUACGUUGUUACGGAAAGACUAUGACACCAUCACAAUUUAGGAAAAAUGAAGAAAUUGCUGCCAUCAAGAAAGAACAUGCAAACGCAAUUAGUGGUAUGGCAAAGGAAAUACAAGAUCUACGAGCAAUUGUAAAUUUUGUGGUAAGGCAACAAAAUCCAGAUUUAGAUGAAGAGGACUUAAAUAAUAUGAUGGCACGCGUUUUAGGUAAAAAAAGUAGUGCAACAGGGCCAUAUUCAUCUGCAUCAACCCAUGAUCCGCAGCUAGAAGACAAUGAAGAUCAUGAAGACAAUGAAGGCUAUGAAGAUUAUGAAGACAAUCUUAUAGAAUAA